AUGAGAGCCGUGAGAAACCUCCGGUUCGCUUCUGCCUACACAAGAAAACCGGAAGCCAUCGUGGCCGCCCUAAACGAAACCAACAUCAGAGCAACAAUCUCCUGCUCCAAACUCCUGAACCUUGAGCUCAGAGUCCGCAGCGGAGGCCACGACUACAAAGGCUUCUCCGACACCUAUCUCGUGCCGUUCGUGAUCCUAGACAUGUACAACUUCAACAAAAUCGAGAGAACCUUACCUUUUUAUACUUUUAUUUCCUUGCUCAUCCCCUUCAUCGACGUCCUCCUCCUCAUCUUCCUCCCUUCCACAUCCCAAUCAUCAUCUCCGUAUUCUUAUCAUCGCUGUCCAUCUCAAGGCCAUCUGCGUCAACAAUUUCACCAGCAAACCAUGGCACAACAUGAGAGAUGA